ACAGUUCACUUUUGACUAGAAAACAGAUCGCACGUUACAGUUUUUUUAUUUUGUUAAUAAUAAUAUGUUUUUAAUUAAGUAAUAAUAAACCAUCAAAAAUUCAAAAGAUUGUCCCUUUUAAAAAGUUUGUUUUGAGUUUAAGAAAACGCGGCAAUAGCCGCCAUUUUGCUGCGGUUUUUGAAAAAGUUUACACGCGCAGACAAAGGCAUUGUGUUUGUAAAUACUUUGUGUUGUCUCGUUACGACAUCCAAGGAUUAGUGUUUGGAGUUUCUACUUAAUAUAAGCAGUGACCUGAAAAUGCCAUCAGAAGUGAUAUCGCAGUCGGAAAAGUCCCUGCAGAGAGAGCUAGCGGAUUCAAUCAUCCGGAUGGUUCCGUUGGAUGAAAUACGUAUCCUACUAGCGUGUGGUGCCAAGGUGAACGAACCAGUGACGCAAGGGCUUCGUCCUCUUCAUUAUGCGAUUUGGCAGCGACACUUGGAAGCGACCAGGCUACUCUUGGUACGAGGGUGUGACGUCAACGCCAGAGAUGAUUGCGGAUACAGCGCGCUCCAUCUAUCCGCUGAGCAUGGAUAUACGGAGCUGGUGAAACUUUUAUUGGAGAGUGGUGCUGCUGUAGAUUACAGACCAGACACUGGCGAGGAGUUCCCGAGGACUACACUCUGUGACGAACCUCUGCGGCUUGCCAUCAGGAAUAAACACUAUGAGGUAGCUCGUCUUCUCCUGGAGCACGGUGCAGACCCGAACAAGCGUUACUUUUUCGGUUCAGAGAUCAACCUGGUCUCUGACCCCGAGUACCUGGAGCUGCUGCUCACCUUCGGUGCUAAUCCUGACUCCAGAGAUAGAGCAGGACUUACUCCACUUAUGAAAGCCGCAAGACAAAGAAAGGGUAUGGAUGCAGUGCUUCUUCUGAUCAGCUUCGGAGCUGAUGUGAACGCUAUGGCGGAUGCAAGAAAUGAUUACCGCACGGUUAUGCACUACGCUGUCCUCAGUGGUAACACAGAUGUAGUAACAUUAUUGAUAAAGCAAGGCGCUCGGGUUAACUAUCAAUGUCCUGAACUCAGCAAACCAAGUCCUCUCGACCUCGCUAUACUGAAGGGAGAUGUCGCUAUGGUGCAGCUACUUCUAGAUGCAGGUGCUGAAGUGAAUGCGUCUAGCUCAGUAAUAGGGUCACCAUUGCACGUGGCUUGCUCCGACAAUAUCUCCAAUAGGAAAGAAAUUGUCAAAAUCCUACUGGAAGAGGGAGCAGACCCCAACUUGAAGGUGUUCAACGAUGACGACGGCGCUCAGCUGCGGCCCGCACUUGCCGAAUACCUCGCCAGCAACAACGAACCCAACAUAGAUAUUGUGCACCUCCUGCUGAAGUAUGGAGCCCGGGUAAUUAUGAAGACUCAGUUCCGUGACCCCGAUGGCAUUCUAAACCACCUCCAGAACGUAACAAGUGAGGAGUACGAAAACAUAUUCUAUCUCCUUCUAGAAGCUUGCGAAGCAUUCGACCUUUGUAUGAUCAAACGAAAUAGUACUCUAACGGCUGUUCAAAAAGAAAUCCUAAUAAAUAGAGCUAAGACACCUCUUAAUUUGCUCGCUCAGUGCAGGAUAUAUUUGAGAAGGUUCUUCGGUACCACGCUUAUGGGGGUAGUUAAUAAAUUUGAAAUUCCCCGAAUCCUUCACCGUUAUUUGGCAUUUGAAUGCAAAUGAAGUUGCGUUUGAAUUUUCUUUUGGUGUUAAGUAACUCAUUGGCAAAGGAAAUAAGCUUCAUGGAAGCUUAUAAUUUUAAAGUAAAAGUAAUAUUUUUACUAAACGAAGAAAGUCGAGAUUAUUUUUAAGAGAGACGAUUGAGUUCCAGUUGUGUAUUAAUUGUCAGCUAAUUUUUUAAUUAAGUAAUUUUUGUAAGCCUAAUGGUUCGAAUUCUACGAAUUUGCAUUCGUGUAUUUCAUAUUUUUUAUUAUGACUUAUUGAAGAAAUAUGUACCUACUUAAUAGGUAUUGUUAAUUAUUUUUUAAGAAACGAGAAUGAUUUUUAUCCUAUUUCAUAUUUUUACUUAAUAUAACAUAUAUUUUAUUUACCAAAUAUAAGAUUGUAUUUUAAAUUUUUUAUCGAGUUAUUAAAAUAUUGUAAUCAAAUAUCAAUUUAAAUUAUUAUAAUAUCAUCUGGUGUCUAUUUAAGUUAUUAUGGAAAUAUAAAUCUACAAAAGUUUCACAACACCCAGACCCGACACAUUAUAGGCAAUUUCCAUAUUGUCCCGACUAAAAUAGGUUAGGUACUUAUAUUGUUAAAUUGUAUUAUUCUGCAGAACAUCUUUUUAAAAUAUAAAAAUAAGUAGCUUCUCGCUGCGUUUACGCUGAGAUCUUUUAUGGAUUUCGCCAGAAUCCAAUAUUUCACUCAGUUUAGUUCAUAUUUUAUAGACUUUGCGUUUUGUAUGUUGUGUAGUGAAAGUCCAAAUAAAAUUAAAAACUUUAAAAGUGCUACCUUCUUCAAUAUAUAAUAUUGUAAUCUUUCAAAGUGUCAUUUUGUGGCAUUGGUAAUGCUGCGCUCAAUUGACUUUCUAUCGAUUUAAUGAAGAAGUUUUUUAAAAAUGAAAGAAAGCACUAAAAAGCCCUCACUAGAUGGCGACUUAAGCAAAAGUUGUUUUUUGCAAGUAACGAACUUUCGUUUUGGUACUUACCAAAGAUAAUAAUUUCUGUUCCUUUUAAACUAACAUAUUACAAAACUGAAAUUUGCAAAGUUCGAAACUUAGAUAUCAAUGAAAAUACGAAAAAGUACAAAUAGAAUAUGAGUAGUUUAUUGACUUUUGAAAAUUAAUUUACUUUUAUAUAUGAAAGAAAACCGGAAUGGUUGUCAAGAAGAAGAAAUCAAGAAAGUAUCCUUUCGACAUCUAGUUUGAUUUCUGGAACUAAUGUUUUUUUUAAUACUUCUUCAUUAUCGAACUAACACCUAGUGUUGUACUACACAACGGAUUUUAAUGCAGUUUUUAUAUAUAUUCAGAGUGAUUCAAGAGGACGGUGUAUAUGUAUAAUACAGGACCACGCGGGCGAAGCCCAUGGCGAAAAGCUAGUUAAUAAUAAUUGAUGUUUUACAAUAAAGUCAUUGAUGUCCCUCUUUGCUAUUGCUAUGUACUGUCAACAGCACCUCAGCUUAUAUAAAAACACUAAAAUUGGCGAUCGCUGAGUUUUAACAUUGAAUGCAGAAAUCUUAGAUUUUUUAGUGUUCUGACGUGUUGCUGUCUAUACAUUUAAUUAAAUAUUUGCGGUAUAUCCUAUAGAUAGUCUGAUUAUGUGAUAAAUUGUGAUAUUAUUGUAAUUUUAAGACCGUUCACUUACUGUGGACGGAUAACAAUACGAGUGUAACAUAAUACAACUCGUCUAUUUUCUACGAUUACAUAAAUGUGUGU